CGCCAUGGACGCACAAGCCUUGUACGAAUGCUUUGCCGCGACCUUGCAGCCCAGCCAGGCCGCGAGACAGGCUGCCGAGUUGCAGCUCCGCGAGGCCCAGAAAGUGCCGGGCUUCCUCGGCGCAUGCCUUGACAUUCUCACGACGGACGGCGUCAACCCCGGGAUCAAGAAGGCCGCUGCGGUCUUCUUCAAAAACCGUGUCAUCCGCCGCUGGCAAACUAACGCCGCUGAUGCUGUGGACAAUGACGAAAAGCCGCUUAUCAAGGACCGCUUGCUCCUGGCGCUUGUCUCCGUGCCUCAAGAUCUCCGCAACCAACUCUUCCCGGUGCUCACCACGAUCAUCACCCACGACUACCCACUGCAAUGGCCAGGCUUGCUUGCCCAGACGGCCGAGCUUGUCCAGUCGCAGAACCCGGACUCGCUCUACGUAGGUGUGUUGUGCUUGUCCGAGGUUGUCAGAUCCUACCGCUGGAAAACAAACGAGGAUCGUCCUGAAUUGGAUACGAUCAUCCUGGAGUUUUUUCCUAAGAUCUUAGCCAUUGCUAACGCCUUGACCAAUGAUGCCUCUUUCCAGGCGGGCUCCAUCGUCAAGUUGAUCCUCAAGACAUACAAGUUUGCGACCUACUUCGAUCUCCCAGUCGCUUUGCAGGCACAGGGCAGUGUUGUCGAAUGGGGUACCCUCCACGUGAACAUUAUCAACACUCCAUACCCGGCCAACCUCUUGGAGUUAGACGAAGGCGAGCGUGCGCUUCACUCGCUCUGUAAGUGCAAAAAGUGGGCGUUUGCUAAUCUCUACCGCUUGUUCACGCGCUACGGCUCGUCCUCGCUCUCCAACAAGUACGAGUACCCAGAAUUCCAGGCGUUAUUCAUCGGCAGCUUUGUGCCAUCCUUGUUAACCGUCUACUUCCAGUUGGUCGAGGCUCACUGCAACCAAACCGUGUGGAUCUCGGGUCCGUCUUUGUACUACCUCCUCAGUUUCAUUGAAGCAGCUGUCACCCAGAAAGCCACCUGGCCUUUGAUCAAACCACACGUGUCAUCGAUCAUCUCGCACUUCAUCUUCCCUACGCUCCUUCCGUCAGACGAAACCCUCGAGAACUUCGAGGACGAUCCGCAAGAGUACAUCCACGCGAACUUCAACUUUUACGAUGACGUUUCGUCGGCGGAUAGCGCGGCAGUGGCUUUGCUCGUGACACUCGCGCAGAAGCGCACCAAGACGUGUUUGGAGUUAAUCCUCCAGUUCGCGUACACGAAGUUGACCGAGCUCGCGGCCGCGCCAAAGGACCUUGUACACGCCAAGCAGGCGGAGUCCGCCUUGCGCAUGGUCGGUGCCAUUGCCUAUAAACUCGUGGGCAAGAAGUCGCCGUACCAUGGCCAGAUGGAAGGUUUCCUCGUGCAGUUCAUUUUCCCAACCUUUGCCAGCGAGUUCGGCUUUUUGCGCGCACGUGCGUGUGAAAUCUCGUGCACCUUCUCGGAUCUAGCUUUCCAGGACCAGAAUAACCUCGCGACCUUGUUCCACAGCAUUAUGUCAUGCUUCAACGAGGAUAACCUUCCGGUGCAAUUGGAGGCGGCCCUUGCGCUCCACCCAUACCUCAAGUCCCCAGCCUUCAACGAAGCCUUCGGGCAGGUUGUGGUUCCCGCGAUGCAGCGCCUUUUGGAGUUAUCCAACACGAUCGACCACGACGCGCUUUCUGGGGUGAUGCAGGAGAUUGUCGAGUGCUUCUCCGAGCAGUUACAGCCGUUCGGCGUGGACUUAAUGACCAAGUUGGUCGAGCAGUUCAUGAAGUUGGCCGUGGCGUUGAACAACGAGGCGAACGUUGAGGUGGAUGAUGUGGACGGCGAUAAUCUCGAUGACAACUCAGACAAGCAGAUGGCCGCGUUUGGGCUCCUCAAUACCAUGGUCACUGUGUUGCUCUCAUUUGAGAACUCCACCGACGUGAUUUUGGGCUUGGAGCAAAUUCUCGCGCCCGUCUUUGAGAUUGUCUAUAAGAAUGACAUGGAGGACUACUUUGCUGAAGUGUGCGAGUUGGUUGAGAACUGCACGUUCCUCUCGCGCCAGAUCUCGCCAUUGAUGUGGAAGGUGUUUGAGCUCAUUUCUGUAUGCUUUAACACCGGGUUCGGGUGUGUUUAUGCCGCGGAGUUUAUGCCAGCCAUUACCAACUUCAUCACAUACGGUGCGAGCGACAUGAAGGCCAACCCGGCGUAUGUCAAUUGGGUUUUUGCCAUUUAUACCAGCAUCAUGAAGAACGUCAACAUCGAGGAGAUGGGGGUCAACGACUUGGCCUACGGAGCCGAGAUUGCCUACAACUUCACCCUCGCCAUGAAGGAGGAUGCGCCGCAGUUUGCGCCGCAGUUGACCAGCAGUGUGAUUGACAGACUCGUCGCGGACGGGGCGGAAAUCAUGAAGAACACAGCCACCUCCAUUUACAUGCUCAACGUCAUUGUCGCCGGUUUGGCCUUCGACAUCCAGCACACGCUCCAGGCGUUGAUCGAGAAAAACUAUAUGCAGAACUUCUUUAUCGCAUGGUUCAAGUUCAUCCCCACCUACAAGCGUGUGUUUGAUAUGAAAGCCUCUGUGUUGGCAUUGUUGUCGGUAUUGUCUGUUUCCCAGGCCGAUUUACAGACUGUCGGGAUCAACGACUCUGUUAUCGCUGAGUGCGGUGUCAAGUUGGCGAACCUCUUCAGCACCCUCCCAGGCGCCAUCACCGAGUUGGACAAGCAGAGAAAAGAGUACAGCGCUGAGGACUACAACCCGUACAACGAUGAUUUCGGCGAAGACGACGGCGAGUGGGUCAAUGAGGACGCGGCAGAGAACGCAGCUGAUGCCGAAGACGAGGACUACAUGAAGUUCUUGGAGGAGGAGUCACACAAGUUGAAGCACGACGGUGCACACUACGACUACGAUGACGACGAGCUUGUGGAAGACCCAUUGGCCACCACGCCGUUGGACACGGUCAAUGUCUAUGCCGUAUUUAGACAGGUAUUUGAGGGCUUGCAGAGCACUGAUGCCGCCAAGUUCCAGGUUCUCACCUCGCUGUUGAGCGCUGAGGACAAAGAGACCUUGCAGCAGUCGGCGCAGUUCUCCGCUUAGGAAUCGAUAAAACAUUGAUCAAGCAUUUAUUAUUUUUGACCAUUUAGCAUCGUCUGGCCAUGACCUUCCGAUUGGCUGUCAGACUUUUUUAUACAGGUUCUCUUUUAUUUCACUUUUUAGGUCGGCUCCAGUAUUAAUUGAUACAAAGCGUAGGUGAAUGAGCGUAAG